GACUAGGAAGACUAUGGUUCAACAGAAACCUCAAAAGGGUGAAACUACUGUGCUCCAACUUGAAGACAAGGUGGCUCGUUCUUUGAUUACCGCAUUCGAUAGAAAAUAUAUAAGAGCUUCUACGUAUGAUGGAAAAACUGAAAUGACUAUCAAAAUGAUGCCAGGAUUAAAUUCCUUGAAAAAGUUAAUAAAAUUUAAAAUUCCAUCACAAUACAAGAUCUUUUUCAGUUUUUGCUGCCUUUUUAAUGGAAGAAAUGAAGGUCUUCAGGUAAAUAUUAGAAAUGGCCCGCACGAAAUAAAAAGAAAAUGGACUAAGCCCAGGUUUUUUGUGAAUAAAUCUGCUUUUACCUUAGCUGUUGACCCUGGCCUCAAAAUCUAUUCAAAAAUAAUAUCGAUAUGCAAAAUUCAGAAUGUUCAAUUCUCUCAAAAGAACUUUACCAAGAUGAUUAUUCUAUUUGACAACACAAACCACAUGAUUUUCAAUGGUUGCUCAAUUGAAGAGAUUACUGAAGAAUCCAAACUCCAAAGACCUCACAAACUUGAGAUACUUGAAUUCUUAAACUGCUCUAAUAACUUAAGACGAACUUGGGAAGACGAGGAUCCAGUUUUUCUUUCAAUUCUUGGAUUUAUUAAGGACUCAGGAUUGAUGAUGAGCUUGAAAAAGCUAAAACUAGAUGGAUUGGGAAAUGAAGAAUUACUGAAGCAACAGAAAGAGCAUUACCAACUUAGAGGAUUAGCCAUAAUGUGGUGGGAGGCAGGGGUGAAAUUAAAGAAAGUCUAG